AUGUCCGCCGAAGCCGAUCCUUUCCUCGCCCUCGACGUCUCAAGCGACGACUACGCGACCACAGCAGCACACGACCAACAAGCCGGCGCCGACGCAACAGUCGCAGCCGUGGAAGCAGAAGACGACAGCGACGCCGAAAGAGAAAAAGCAGGAGCUGCGCGCGCCGCUCGAACGCGAUACACCGAAGACGAUUUUCUGGCCCAAAAGGCGAGCUACACUGCUAGAAUUGACGAAGGUGGUUUACUUGCUUUCGAACCGCCGUUUCGCCCAUCUGAGGCUUUUGUCUCUGCUGUGCAUGCUGAAAAUGUGGAUGUACCUACUUCUGCUUCUUCUUCGUCCAGAGCGGANAAAACCAAAUUGGACAAGAAACACCAUCAAACCAUCCAAGCCGCUGUCUCCGAACUCUACUUUUUGGAAAAGUAUCCUGCGGUCAAGGAGAUUAUCACUUGGGCCAAAGACAACUUUGANAAAGACAAGAAGUGGGAUGUGCAGGUUGCGAAGUGGGAGGCUAAGAUUGAGACUAAGAUGCAAGUGCCUUUGUUCGAGAAGGACAUCUUUCCAGCUCUCAUGGACUGGCGACCUCCUAAAGCAUUCCGACCUAAGACACCAAACGUCAACGCCGCAGCCGCGAACAACGAUACCAACCGCAUCUGCUCUGGUCGAGCCCUCGACGCGCUCCCAACACCUUUACCUCACCAAAGACGCUCACGCUUGUUGAUGACUGACAGCGACCAGACCGCUGCAACUGUUAAGGAUGAGCUGAGAAACAUCUAA